AUGGCAUCUGGAGGAUACGCGCACAACCCGAAUGGGAAUUGCCGCCUGUGCAAGGAUAAGGACAGCGCGGACGAAUGGAUGGUCGAGUGCUCAAAGUGUUGGAACUGGUUCCACAUGACCUGCACCAAACUUGAGAAAAGACCCUCCACUAAGGACCUCUGGCACUGCCCAAAGUGCAAAGAGGAAAUAAUGGAGCUCCAGCAACUAAGAAAGGAGCUGGAGGAUCAAAAGAAGAAGACUACCAGGAGUGUGUCCAAGGAACGCGGACCAGCAGACACUGUAGAGUUGCUAAGACGCCAAUUUGAGGCACAAAUGGAAAGCCAAAAAUUGCGUGAUGAGGCAUUUCAAAAAGCCAUGAUUGAGAUGGCAACCAAAAUGCACCAAGUAAAAAUGGACCCCGAAGCGGGACAACAAAUGGCUCCGACAAUCAAAUUGCCGGAUGAAAUUACAAACUUACUGAGGAGGCAAACAGCAACACCCCUCCCAGUUUUCAAUGGAAAUUACAAGGAUUGGCCAAAUUUCAAACGGCUUUACGAACAAAGCAAACGAGAAGGUCAAUUCAGCGAUACCGACAAUAUAAACAGACUUAUGGCAAGUCUAGGCAAGGCAGCAAAGGUACACGUAAGUGCCUUGCUGAUGGAUCCAGGAAACGAGAAACAUGUAGUAGAAACUCUGGAUAGUAUUUACGGACAACCGUUGGCUAUAUACAACGAACUAUGGAAGGAUUUGGCAAAGUUACGGAACCCACGCAUGGAAUACCCUCAAAGCAUGGUGGACUUCGUAGUGACUCUCGGAAAUUUGGUGUCCAACAUGUCCAUGAUACAGUGCGAGGAUUAUUUAACUAAUCCGUUGCAGAUGGCUGAACUUGUUUGCCGCUUACCACUGAACUUAAGAGAACAAUGGGCGGACAAGGAAGCAGAAGCAAUGAUUCCGCAAGAAGGACGACCACGGCAAAAACUCACACUAAAGGAAUUACACGAGUUUUUGAAACCGCAACAGCAAAGGGCAACACUUCUUAUUGCACAAAAGGUGUGUCAAUCUGAGAAGGAAAACCCGAAAAAUGAGCGCCAAUCAAGAGUCAAUAUGCACGCUGAAACAACAUCCAGAUCCCAAGCCAAAUGUUCCUGUUGUAGUCAACAACACUGGAUAGUAGCAUGCCCGGUCUUUAAAAAGAUGAGUGUGGAAAAAAGACGAGAACUGGCACUAGAGAAACGCAUGUGCUUUAACUGUUUACGCCAAGGAUACUCCUUUAGAAACUGUCAAAUGAGGCCAAACUGCAGAACAGAAGGAUGUACAGCACAUCAUCACACAUUUCUUCACGUCAGACCAAAAACAAAUGAUGAAAAAAGAGCCUCCCAAAAGGAGGAAACAAAACAAAAAAUCAAGGAACCUUCAGGACAUUCAAAAGACAACAAGAAGAACCAAGAUAAGAAGGAAGUGAAAGAAAUAGAUGCGCAAGCUCCAACAUCGUCCACCUCGAAGGAACAAGAAGAUGAAGCUGUACGCACUAACAUACACGCUACCAAAAGAAAUAAGGUCUACUACCAAAUACUGCCGGUUACACUUUAUGCGCAAGGAAGACAAUUAGAAACCUUCGCAUUUUUGGAUCACGGCUCAUCGAACAGUCUAAUUCUCGACGACUUGGCCAAAGAUUUAGGUUUGCAAGGGCCAGUAUCACCAUUAUGCAUAAAAUGGACAAAUGACUCCGUACACGAAGAUAACGAAAGCCAAAGCGUAUGUUUCAAAAUAUCAGGCGACAACAAAAUUCGAUACCAAAUGGAAAGUGUACGUACAGUAAAAAAAUUAUCCUUACCACGACAGACGCUUGACUACAAGGAUCUUCAUGAAAACUACAACCAUCUUAAAAACCUUCCUAUUCAAGGAUACGAGAAUGCUGAGCCGACAUUACUUAUUGGACUUGAUCAUCCCCGACUAUUAACAGCAACAAAACAGAGAGCAAGCAAAGUCGGUCCAGUUGCCGCUAAAACACCAAUAGGAUGGGUCAUUUACGGAAGGACCAACUCCCGACAUCAAGGAGAAAUAUAUUCCUGUGUAGUAGAGGAGCAAGACUCACUACGAGAAGAAAUGAGGAAAUACUUCUCAACGGAAGAGUUUGGCGUUAAGGUUAGCACCACUAACCAACAGAGCGAGGAGGAUAGACGAGCUGAAAAAUUGAUAAAAGAAACAAUGAAGUAUGACGGGAGUCAAUACGAAAUUGGCCUUUUAUGGAAACAAGCCAGGCCCAUAAUGCCAAAAUCAGAAAGCUUCAAGGGAGCAUUAAAGAGGUUAGAAUACACUGAAACUAAGAUGAGGAAAAACCCUGAGUUUGCCCAAUGGUACACGGAUAAAAUUAAGGAAUACGUUGAAAAGGGAUACGCACGAAAAUUAACAGCAAACGAGAUAACACUAACAACCGAUAAAACAUACUAUUUGCCUCAUUUCGCUGUCGUAAAUCCUAAUAAAACACCUUUAAAACCGCGACUUGUAUUUGACGCAGCUGCCAAGGUACAAGGAUUAUCGCUCAACACUGAAUUACUCUCUGGUCCCGAUAACUUGACAUCGCUCUUUGGAAUUUUACUGAGAUUCCGAGAAGGAAAGUGCGCAGUAGCAGGAGACAUCCAAGAGAUGUUCUCACAAAUUAAAAUACGCAAAGAGGAUCAGGAGGCUCAACGAUUCUUAUGGAGGGACGGUAAGGCUUCAAAUACCAUGGGACACUACGUAAUGCAGGUAAUGACGUUUGGAGCAACCUGCUCACCUGCAUGUGCCCAAGCAGUAAAGAAUGCAAACGCAGAGAACUACCGAGAUUGCGAUCCGGUGGCAGCGAACGCCAUUAUAAAACAACACUAUGUUGACGAUUAUCUGGACAGUUUCUCGACAGCGGAGGAAGCCAGUGCAGUCACGUUCGGAGUUAUAAAAAUUCAUGAAGCUGCACACUUCACACUAAGAAACAUCAUUUCAAACGAUGCCGAAAUGCUGGACGUUCUACCUGAACGCAACGUCGCGAGACAAUCCACCCAAAAGGAAUUUAUUGAAAAAACUGCAACAUCAGAGAAAGUCCUCGGAGUAUACUGGGACACGACCCAAGACACAAUUGGGUAUAGAAUAGCAGACUUCAAGUCCAACGCCAUACCGACCAAAAGAGAAGUCCUCUCAACAACUGCCAGAAUCUUCGACCCUCUUGGAUUAAUAGCGCAUAUUACGAUUGGAGGUAAAUUACUAAUGCAACAAGCCUGGAAAGAAGGUAUAGACUGGGAUGAGAAAAUAUCUACGAAAUUAAUGGAAGAUUGGACGAUUUGGACAAAUAGACUAUCCACAAUAUCACAUCUGAGAAUUUCUAGGUGUUUCUCUCCCAACAUACCGGACGCAAAAUCAUUGGAAUUGCAUAUCUUUGUUGAUGCAUCAGAAUCAGCGUUUGCCGCGGCAGCAUAUAUACGAGCAGAAACCUUACACGGAUACGGCGUAAGCCUAAUAGCAGCAAAAACGAGAGUUGCACCAAAUAAAGCCAUGUCAAUUCCAAGGCUAGAACUUCAAGCCGCGGUGUUAGGCACACGAUUGAAAACAACCGUUUUAAAGGAACUUCGAUUGAAUAUUACAAACGUAACCAUGUGGACAGAUAGCACCACUGUACUCUCCUGGAUACGAAGUGACCAUCGCAGGUAUAAAACAUUUGUAGCCAACCGAGUAAGCGAAAUACUCGACGACACAACGAUCUCCCAAUGGAGGUGGGUACCAUCAGGAAUGAAUCCGGCAGACGAAGCAACACGGAACAUCCAACCUACGGAAUCUAUAUGGUAUACAGGAGCGACGUACCUAAAUACAAAAGUGGAAUCAUGGCCAAAGGAGAAAGGUGCAGUCAUUGAAACUUCAGAAGAAAAAAGGGUUUGCAGCGUUCAAGAAAUACAACCUGCGAACAUUAUUAUGCACACAACUUGGUGCUCGGAUUGGGGACGACUAAAGAAGGUAGUUUGUUACUGGCUCAAAUACAUGGAAAAAUUGAGGACGAAAGUAUCAAACUCCAGAUAUGAUGAGACAAUUACUUCUGAUCAUUAUAAGCGAGCAGAAAUCCUAUUGUUACAACAAGCACAGCAAGAAGCUUUUCCAUCCGAGCUAGUGGCUCUGAUCAACGGCGAAGGUAUUUACCAGAACAGCUCUGUAGCAGAUCACGAGCUUGCAUUAGAUGAAAACCGUCUCAUCCGAAUCAGCGGACGAAUACAAAACAUGACUCCAGUACUAUUACCAAACAAGGGACAUAUAACGAAUUUGAUCAUAAAACAAUACCACGAGAAAUUUCUACACCGUGAAACGGAAGCAGUUAUAGCUCAAAUACGACAGCAUUUCUGGAUAAUCAAGAUUAGGGCGGCAGUAAAAAGAGUGAAUGCAAGAUGUCAACUCUGCAGAAACAAGAAGGCAAGCCCUCACCCUCCAAAAAUGGGCACAUUGCCAAGCUGCCGCACCACUCCAAAUUUAAAACCAUUUACACACACCGGUAUAGACUUCUUUGGACCAAUGGAAGUUACUGUAGGAAGAAGAUGUGAAAAACGCUGGGGUGCACUCUUCACCUGUAUGGCUACUCGAGCUAUACACCUGGAACUAGCAGACGACUUAAGUACAGACGCGCUUCUCAUCUGCAUAAAAAACUUACAAAACAGGCGCGGCAAGGUCUGUGAAAUGUACAGCGAUAACGGCACCAAUAUGGUUGGCGCAACUCCACACUUUGGAGGAGCAUGGGAACGUAUGAUACAAGAGGUUAAAAAAUUACUAAACGAAAAGCUAUGGCCAGUAUCAAAACCCAAGGAGAGCGUACUUAGGAAUGCUCUAAUCGAGAUAGAGCAUCUCCUGAACAGUCGCCCGUUGACACAUAUACCAUUAAGCUCCAACGAUGAUGAACCUCUGACACCAAAUCAUUUUUUGAUUGGAUGCGCAGGAGGAACGUAUCCUUCACUCGACGACACGUCGCGAGCCGAGGCAACAAGAGAACACUGGAAAAAGGCUCAAAUGGCAACUACUAAAUUUUGGGAUCGGUGGAGUACAGAAUACCUUCCUAAACUGAACAAACGAGAAAAAAUGGAAACAGAACACAGAACCACUCCAGCCUGA